UUCCAUCUAAAAAAGCGUAAAAAUAAAUUUAAAAAACGCUGAUAAAUUUAGAAAUAGACUAGCUCACUUGAAAAUAAAACAAAAAAAAAAAUACAAACAAUAACAAUGAUAAAAACAAUGUAAUUGGUUUAUUUUUUCGAAUAAUAAAUAAAAUCCUAGAUGUCUAAUAAUAUAACAAACAUGGCUGCAUUGAAUAACAACAUAAUAAAUCGUAAAUUAUCGAAUGCUGUUCAUCGAGGUGACUAUGACGAAGUUAAUAAAUUAAUUAAAAUAAUAAAAGAAACUGAUUACAUAAAUUUAUGGUACGAUUUUAGUUAUUUAUUGUUAUGUGAUUCGAUAAAAAAAGGCCACACUUCAAUAGCCAUAUUACUAUUAAAUAACCACGCAAAUAUAAACCCACCAAAUAAUGAUAAUAACAACAACGAAUCAGCUCUUUAUUUAGCAAUUGAAAAUGCCGAGUACGAAAUAGUUAAAAUAAUUGUUGAAAAAGGUGCUGACGUAAAUGAAAUUAUAAAAUAUGGUGAUUAUAAAGGAAGUUCAUUAUUACACGUCGCAUUUGAUAACAAUGAAUACGAAAUAGUAAAAUUAUUAAUAAACUACAAUAUCGAUAUUAACAGAAUUGAUAGUGAAUCAAAAUCGUGUAUAUUUUACACAAAUCAAUUAACAGAUUUGAAUAUUAUCGAACUAUUAUUCAAAAAUGGCGCCAAUAUAAAUAUUAGAGAUUUAGACAAUAAUACGCCUCUAUUUAAUGCCGUAUGUUCGUCAUCGUUCGCAAUUGUAAAUUUAUUUAUAAAAUAUGGCGCCCAAGUAAAUGUAAAAAAUAAAUAUAAUAUGACGCCAUUACAUUUCGCAGUACAAAAUUCAUCAUGGAAAAUAAUUGAAUGUUUAAUUUUAAAUAAUUCAAAUAUAAAUUCUGCUGAUUUGAAAGGUUUGACUCCUUUACAUACCGCGAUAAUGAACGGGUUUGCCGGUAAUAUUAAAAAUCUUAUUUAUUAUGGCGCUGAUGUUAAUGCUAAAGAUAUUAAUGGCGAAACUCCUCUUAAUUAUGCCGUUCAACAAGAAGAUAUGGAAGAUGUUAUUGAAGAAUUAUUGAAACGUAAUGCUGAUGUUAAUUGUUGUGAUAAUAACGGAUUGAGGCCUUUACAUUCUGCGGCAGAUGCUGCAUUUGAUGAAUAUAUCGAAAUAUUAUUAGACUAUGGUGCAGACAUUGAAGCUGUUGAUAAUGAAGGCCGUACCGCAUUGCAUAUGACUGAUAGUUUUGACAAUAAUUAUCAUUUGAGAUGGGAAAGUGUACCGUUGAUGUUCAAAUUAUUCAAAGAUCAUAUUUACAAAUUGAAAAGUGUUAAUUUUUAUGUUGGAGAAGAUAAUUUUAAAAUUAUUAACGAUUAUUAUGGUGAUAAAAUAGACGUUACGGAUAAUUUUAUAGAAAAUUGUUUCAAAGAAAUAGAAAAAAUGAAGAAGUUCAAAAUUGGAAAUACGGGAAUUUUUUAUUAUGAUAUUUUGAAGAAAUCGAGGCAUCAAGUGUCAAAGUAUUCAAUGCUUAAAGAUAUUGAGGAUGCUUUUAAAAGCCUGGAGUAUGUUAAUUAUUUUCCGCUUUAUCGGGGAUUAUUGAAAAAAUCUUUUGAUUCUGCAGUUAAAAGAAAAAUAAUUUUAUCUGUUGAUAAAUAUAAUUUUAUUGGUAAUUUGUUUCCUUUAUUACCGGAACACUGUGUUGAUGAAAUAAUUAGUUAUCUUGGUGAUAAUGAUUUAAAAAACGCUAUUGAGUCUUGUUAUUAAUUAUAUUUUAUAUGGCAUUAUUAGUCUACUUCCCCUACUACGAAGCUUUGUGGCGAAAAAAUACCUAAGUCAAAUAAAAAAUAGAGAAAAAUCUGGCGAAUCUUCCGGUAUAAAAACCUAGCAAAAAAAGUUGUAAUUUUUUUGUUAUUAACAAAAACGUUUUGCAAGUAAAGCCUCAGUAGACUUUAACGGAAUACUGGAUAAAAUUUUUCUCAUGCAGUUAAUUAAAUGUACAAAAUAAAAUAAUUCAAUCUUUUCUGAAUCGUUUGGUCACAAAGUUUAUACGAAAAUGUUAAUUAUUAAUUAUGAAAAUAAUUAUUUAAUUUUAUCAACACAAAAAAAUACUAGCUUAAUAGCUCGACUGUCCAAUUUCAAAACACAGUAAGCGACAAAUUUUUCGAAAUCGAUGUUUUAGUAUUUUUAGUUCCAGUGGAGUCUUGUGACCAUGAUUCGAUGCAUCCCUGUUUAAAAAUAUUGAUUGAAAAGAAUUAAAAGAGAUGAAAUUCGAAUUCUUUUCAAUAAUUUCAAUUGAUUUUAAUUUUUUCAUUUGUAUAUAUAGAUAUACAGUUUGCAUGGAGCGACCGCUUCUCAAUUGUUUUCAAUCAAUAUUUUUAAUCAGAGAUAUUUCAAAAAUUUUAUUUUUGUCAGUAACUGUGUUUUGAAACUGGGCAGCCGUCGCUGCUUUGUGUAUAGACUAAUGUUCAUAACCACUGUUAGAAUUUUGUAUUGUGAAAUUAUAAGCAAUGGGUUAGAAUUUUUAAUCCCAACAUUUUUGUCAUUAAAUUUCUAGUACAAUUAACUGUCAAAAUUCAAGACCGACUGUCUCAAAUUUAAAUCUCUGUUUGAAAAUUCCAUACCUCAAGACUUUAAUGGUGUUUUCGGACCCGCGACCCCAGAGCACGGUGACGCCCUUUUUCGCACACGAACUUUCUAUUAGUUUCUAUUAAUUAACGACCGAUUUUUUUUUAUUUAAUUUGAUACUAUUUGCGAAGAUUAUUCAUAAUCGAAAUACUAAAAUCUGUUCACUUAAAUUUCACUUUAAUCAGUAUACUGAUAAUUAAUACAUUUUUUUUUUAUUGAUUAUUCACUUCUUUUCUACUAAUUUAAUUUACUUAUGAAUUUAAAUUUACCCGGGUACAUUGCAGGCGCCUCAGUGCACCGGAGCGGAGAAUCCCAACAGACCAUAAAUUUAAAAUCUUGAUUGAAAAUUCAAAUACCAAAGCUGUAAAUUUUAAACCGUAAUUGAACAUUCAUAUCCCAUAAACUUUAGAGUUAAAGCCGUCAAAAAUGAAAAACUUAUACGCCAUUUUGAAAUUAGUGGUGCAACAUAAUUAUAAAAAGUUAUAAUUCAAUAUUUUAUUGUAUUAAUGUUAUAAUUAUACCAUUUAUUAAAGCAAUGAUCUUUGAAAACAAGUUUUAUUACUUUAUUUUCAUACAUGAGUUAUUUUUAAUUCCCGUAAUAAACACUGAAAACUUUAUAGCUGUUA